AUUGGCGGUCUGGUUCGCGCGUCAAAACGAGUUUUUUUUUGCCGAUACGCGGGUGCGAGGGGAAGGUUCCCCGGCGGAGAAAACUACAGUGAUCUCCUUCUCGCAUUUUCUGCCGCGAGAGGAGCUCUGCCCCGAAAAACGCUUCCUCUUGGAGCCCAUGUUGCCCAAGGUGAUUGGAUCGACCCCCCUGCGAAGACAGGUAGAGGCGUUGCGGCCAGAUCUGCAUGUGUUUGGGCACACCCACAUCCCCAUUGACUUGACGGUGCAAGGGAUUCGAUA